AUGGUAGUGAGUACGGCGUUGAGAAUAUAUCGAUACCCCGAGCCCGUGAAUCCUCUUCCGAGGGAAAUUCACGCCCCUUAUAGAGUUCCCAGAUUUGGGUUUCAAGAAAGUUUGAAUCGAGAGUCCAGAUUGAGAAGAGUUGGGUUUUGGCGGGAGGCUUUAGGUGAGAAUCGCACGUCUGAGGCGCUGCGUUGUUGUACGAAGAAGGGUAAGGAAGUGAUUUAUGUUGAUGAUGACGAACAAACUGAUAAGGACAAUGUUACGGAUGAUUCAAGCAUUAAGGAGGCUGAAUUUGUGGAAGACCGCCACAAAGGGGAAUUGGUGGUUUUGGACAAGAGGUUGCAGGAGAAGCUCGAACAGAAAAACUUUCAGCCAUCUUCAUCCUCAGCGGUUUCUGUUAUGACAGAUGCAAAUCUUAAAGUGGAUGGUUCAGGCACAACGGUUAGCUCGCUUUUACCAAACCGGGAUGCGGAAGCCUUGGGCUUGCCAACACACAAGAGGCUGCUAGCGACUGCGGAGCGGCGGAAUACCAAGUUGAGCAGUUUGGGUUUUCAAAUUUCAUUACUCGAGAGGCUACGCGCUAGAUUUCAACUGUUGCGCCCUGCCAAGAAACCGGAAGAGGAGGAUGCUCUUCAAGAUGUGCUCCGUGAACCUUUUGUUCCGCUUGCAGAGGAAGAAGAGGUUGAGGUUUCUAAGGCCUUAUCCAAUUCCAGUAGGAGGAAGGUUUUGGUCAGUCAUGAGAAUUCUAACAUCGAAAUUACUGGAGAAAUUUUACAAUGUUUGAGACCUCGUGAAUGGUUGAAUGAUGAGAAGAUGGAUUCAUGUGUUGGUAGGGAAGUGAUAAAUGUUUAUCUUGAAUUGCUGAAAGAGAGGGAAAAGAGAGAACCAAAAAAGUUCUUGAAGUGUCAUUUCUUCAACACAUUCUUUUAUAAGAAGAGCAAACAAUACAAAAAUGAGUUCAAAAAACCAGUGGCAACAGGCUUUAGACUUUUGGCUACCCAGUUGACUGGUGGGGGGAGCGGUUAUCAUUUUAAAGCGAUAUUUGUGCCAAUUCACCAAGAGAUACACUGGUGCUUAGCAGUCAUAAACAAGAAGGAUCAGAAGUUUCAAUAUCUUGAUUCACUCAGAGGUGUUGAUGCUCAAGUGCUAAGAGCCCUGGCUAGGUACUUUGUGGAUGAGGUGAAGGACAAGAGUGGUGUAGACAUUGAUGUUAGUUCUUGGAAGGUAGAAUAUGUUGAGGACCUUCCUGAACAGGAAAAUCGAUGGGAUUGUGGCAUGUUCAUGAUCAAGUAUGCUGACUUUUACAGCAGGGAUGUGGGACUCUGUUUCAACCAGGAACAUAUGCCUUAUUUUCGGCGCAGGACUGUCAAGGAGAUUUUGAGACUAAAAGCCGAGUGA